AUGGAUAUAAACCAAGUUUGGGUUCAGUGUGAGAAUGAAAGUUGUUUGAAGUGGAGAUCAUUGUCAAGUGAGGAUGCAGCCAAAGUUGAUCAUGAUGAGCCAUGGUUCUGCUACAUGAAUACUGAUUCAAGAUACAAUAAGUGUUCUAUUUCUGAAGAAGAAUUUCCAGAUGUGUCUCAACUUCAUCAAAGUGGAUUAAAAUUUGUUUAUUCAGAGCUCCCUGUUGGAAGCCUGGUUUUGGCAAAAUUAAAGAAUCUUCCGAGUUGUCCAGGUAUUCUUUGCCCUGAUCCUUUUGAAAGGAAAUAUGCUAUCUAUGACCAGGAUGGACAUGUUAUACAGUACCACAUAGAAUUCCUGGGUGAUCCCCAUUCAAGAUCAUGGAUAGAUGCAACGCUUGUUGAAAAGUAUAAUAUCACAUUAAAGCCAGAAAAUUGUAAGAAAAAGAAGAAGUGGCUUAAAGGUGCACUUGAAGAAGCAGACAUUCUGUAUGGAUAUUCUCCUGAGCAAAGACUGAGAAUGUGCUACCGAACAAAAGAGGAUAAAUCCAAAGGAGUUGCUAAAGUUGCUAUAGUAUCCAAAAAAAGGAUGCAAGUUUCCAAAAAUAAUACUGAAAAGAAAAGGCCAAAAGUUAGAAAAAGGAAAAGUGCAGAGAUUUUAAAAGACUUUUUCGAAAAUGUUUGUUCAGAUGAUGCCUUAUCAAAGGAAAACAUGGCUAUUGCUGAGGCAGAAGCUGCACUAAAAGAGCUAGAACAAAUGCUACAGGAAUCACUAGAACCCACAGCAACUCCCGGUGAAUCUGAAGAGGAACACAAAGAGAAAAUAAAUACAACAGAAAAGUUAUCUCAGUGCAUCCCUGAAGCUUCUACAUUUGACAACCACUAUGAAGAGGACUAUCUUAUAGUUGAUGGCUUAAAAUUAACAAUUGAAGAAUGUUUUGAAAGUAUAGAUAAUGAUUCUAAAGAAAUAGAUGCUUUAAUGUCUAAAUUAUAA